AUGGCGUCUUUGCAGAACGAGCAGCAAGUUGAGGACGAAGGGUAUUUAGAAAAUUCAAUGGAGAGCUCCGACUCCUCCGAGUCUCCGAAGAUAUCUAAAACAACUAACUCGACUGGGACAUCGCAAGCAACUUCGACGGAGUCUGAUAGUAAUUCCACAAGUACAACAGACUCCAUAGAACAGCUCCAAGAAAUUGUCGACGCGAUGCAAGUCCAAAUCAGAAACUACAAACAAACCCUCCUCGAAACACAAAACCAGUUGCAUUUACAAAUCACAGACCUUCAAAACAAAAACGCGGAGUUGGUUAGAAAGUCGUCGGACAAAGACGACAAACUGUUUAAAGCUGCUGACACGGUGAAGUCCCUCAUCGGCGAGUUAAAGGAAAUGACUGACAAAAACACCAGUUUGCACUGCGAGAUAUUGAAAGACAAAGACGACUUAGCUGCACUAUAUAAGCGGCUUGGACAGCUUGAGAACACAAGCCAUGUUGGAAAUUUGAAUGAAUUGGAAGUGUCGUUAGUCCUCAAGUUGGAGCGAAAUAAAGUGGUAAGUGCGGACGUAUUGACAAAGAGUGCUGACGAACAGAAGAAGGAUUUAAAGCUCCAAAUUGAAAUAUUAGAAAAGAACUUGAUGAUGAGUAAAUCGGACAUCUUAGCUUUGAAGUCUUCGAAUGGAGACCUUACUCAAGAACUUUCUAAGAAGAACGAUGAGAACCAAAAUGUCAAACAAAAGAAUGAGGAAUUGUCAGAGAGCAACAAAACCCUUAAUUUGCAAAUCAACAAACUGACUGACGAACUCUCGAAGAUCAGAAAUGUGAAGAAGAAAACAAUAUCUAUCAAAGGAGAGUCGAACGAAGAUAUUUCAAUGAAGGAGGCUGCAUUGGAAGUGAUUAGGAAAAUCAAUAACUCACAAACAAAGAUAUUCGACCAGCCAAUUUAUGACGAAUUUGCACUGUUUCAGAAACAAAACAAUUUCACCCCAAACACAUUUGCCCAUGUUCAGCAAAAGUGUUACGAAACGUUGAAGGACGACUUGGACAAGUUCAUGAAAUCGUCGUCGCUAAUUACAGUACAGAAGGCAACGGACUACAUCGACAUAUAUAAGGAAGUCUCAAGUCGAACAUAUUUCACCACUUUCGUGAAGACACACUCACCAAAUUUAUUGAAAUACCACAACGUCCUUGCUGAUGUUAUCAACUUCAACUCAAAGUUUGGGAAGAAAACAGUGAAACGAUCACCGACGCCGGGUAUUGAAAACAAUCAACCUCAAUUGAUACAAAGACAAAGAAAGAGGAGACCAACAAUUAGUAUUGCAGAUGAUUUGCAAGAGGACGGUCUCAACUUCUCGGCUUUCAAAGAACGAAAACAAGUCCCGCUCACGGUCUCUGACUCAUUUAUUACACGAAAAAACAAAGGAAGCCCUGAGAUACUCUCUGAAAGUGGCGAAACGCCAGAUAAAGUGUUUAAGAGCGAAGAAAGUAUGGACAGUGAAGAGAAUAAGGAGUAUACUGAUCAUUAUAAGAACUUUAAAACUAAAAUGCUUUGUUGGACAGGUAAAGAACUUUGGGCGUUUAAAGAGCAAAAUGCAGGUAAAACGGCGGUUGGGAUAUACACAAAUUUCAGUAAGGAGGUACCACAACAGAUAUUCAAUAUCGUUGGAGAAGUCAUUUCGGUGGUGUAUCUAGACUCUAAUGUAUUUGUUGCAAAGACAGAUAACAGUGUUACUGCGUAUAACAUUGCAUCAAAAAUUGGGAAGAACAUCAUCGACACAAGUGACAGUAACAUUGCGCAUAUGGAAAGCUGCGAAAGGAAGGUACUUGUCUUUGUUGAAGGAAAGUUUUACUACGAGAUCAACGAGCGCCUCGAGAAGACUGUGCGCAAGUUAUCAUUAUUGAGUGAUAUUAAGACUGUCGCGAUUUGUGGAGAAAACUUGUGGGUUGGUACAUUGGCUGGUCUUAACGUCUUCAACACGUUUAAAAAGAAGAGUAAAAUUGUCAAAGGAAUUCCCAAGGGAGAAAUAUCGCAGUUACUCCACGCAAAUGAAAAAGUGUGGGUCGUCCUUAACGAUGAUAUCAACGUGGUCGACGUUGAAACACACGACGUCGUCAAAGUGCUUUCUCUUCCAGUGCAAAAACUUAAACUGAUAGGGAAAUUUGUUUGGAUAUUACUGCGAAAUGGGUCGGUUAAGGUGUACGACAGCCAAACCCUUGAGUUAAAAACAGAACACAGUAUAUCUCGGUUUACAUUAUACGACGCAGUACCGACAUUCAAACCAAAACUCGACAACACCGAGAAAGAGAUGAAAGAGUGGGUUUGUGUCUUGUGCGGAGAGGAGAACAAAUUGUUCCAAGUUGGAACACCAUUCCCGUUUCAUGAUUGGUGUGUAAUUGAGAAUCAGUCUGGUACUAAGACGUGUCGGUGUUGUUCCAAGAAAUUCAAGUCUGGUGGAGUGUUUUGCCACAAGUGUUGUGCCGUCUUUAUCUGUGACAAGUGUCGAGGUAACCCAGAAGUCUUUUCGUUGAUAACUAACACGGACACAUGUAGUGAAUAUUCUGCUUUAAAAGCCGAGUUUAUUAAAAAGGAAAAGAAGAAGUAA